AUGUCAAAACGUGGCGCAUCUCCACCGCCUCAGGGCGCCCUCAUCAAAAGAGCACGCUCAUCUUCCCCACCUACAAACCAAAUUGCUAUAUCGUCUUCAAACGACGAGCGACAACAAGCUCUUAUUCGCACUGUGCAACGAACAAGUAGCCUUGAGGCGCCAAUUAUCAGUCUGACGGGUUCGCAUGGGGCAGAAGUUAUGAGUUGUAGGUUUGAUCCUACUGGACAAAAUAUUGCUGCUUCUUCAGCAGACCGCAGCGUUUCACUUUGGCGAACGUAUUCGCCCAACAACAACUAUGGCCUUUUGCCUAAUCUCCACAAAGCUCCCAUUCUUGAUCUUCAGUGGUCCUUAUUCUCCCAAGUCUUGUAUACAGUCUCUGCGGACCAAACAUUAGUCGUUACUGACCUUACCACCGGACAACGCGUGCGCAAAUUACGCGCUCACCGUGGUAUCAUCAACUCGCUUGACAGAACAAUGGGAGGAGGUGCUGGUGUUGAACUGGUUGCAACAGGAGCAGACGAUGGGACAGUGAAAAUCUGGGAGGGCGGAGACGAGGGCACAAAAGCUCCCGUCAGUGUGUUUGAGAUAGGUUGUCCAGUCACAUCUGUGUGUUGGAGUGCGGAUGGCUCUAACAUUUAUGCUGCCGCGCUUGACAACGAAAUCCAUGUCCUCGACGUUCGCAAAAAUGAACAAGUGUACACGCUGACUGGUCAUACUGACACGCCAACAUCAUUAUGCCUUUCCCCAAAUGGCUCCUUUCUUCUCUCGCCUUCUUUCUCUUCACAAACCAUCAUUCAUGAUGUUCGGCCUUUCUCGCCUUCUCCCGCCCGUAUACACCGUGUUCUGAUGGGUGCGCCUGCUGGAUUUGAGAAUACGCUGCUCAGAGGGGCAUGGAGUAAGGAUGAUAAUGGCCGUCGUGCGGCGGUGGGUGGUGCGGACCGGACAGUAUGUAUAUGGGACGUCGAGAACGGCAAAGUGCUAUACAAGCUGCCUGGUCACAAAGGAACAGUAACUGCUGUUGAUUUUCAUCCAAAAGAGCCUAUUAGUUCGUAUUAA